AGAUGAGCCGCCGUCCCGUCAUCCUUUCCACCAUCCUUCCACCACCACCUCGCCUUGAUCACCUCAUUCGCAGCGUGUUAUUAUGCCCUCCCAUCUAGCUGGCCUCAACGAGAUCCACACGCCGCCCUCUGCGGCGGACCAGGAUCUGCUCAACGUCCCCGAUCUCUCUGCCCAGCUCGAUCUCUGGACAAAUCUCGCUUUCCAGAAUGUCGACAGCCCCGUCCUUGACAAGCUUCAGCAUGUCGAAAAAGAUGGCUCGGACUCCGACGAGACCGAGCUGCACGGCGUGGACGCUGCUACCGCUGCUCUGCGCGACGGUCACUCCAACGUCGUGACGGGCACCGACAUCGGCUCGAAUGUUUCCCGCUAUCAGCUUCAGUCGCAAUUCGAUCUGAACGCGCUCCUCGCCAGCUUCCCUUUCCAGCAGUAUCCCCCUGUCCCUCCUCCCCAGCCUUUGCCGCAGCAGCAGUAUGCGCCGCCCCCUGCGUCUGCCCAGCAGGCCGCUUCGAUUUCCCAAUUCCUCGCCCUUCAUGGUCUCGCCCCCUCCAUGGGCCCAUCCACUCCCUUGCCUCCCGCACCUGCGCCGACCCCUGCGCCAGAACCUCCAGUGAAGCGUCAGCGUACGCGCCGCGCGUCAGUUGAGGCGUCCACGCCCACGCCGGACCUCACAACGCCGCUCUCCGCUACAGAGGAUAAGCGCAAGAGGAACACCGCGGCAUCCGCGCGUUUCAGGCAGAAGAAGAAGGAGCGCGAGGUCGCUUUGGAGAGCAAGGCAAAGGAGUUGGAGGCCCGCGUUACCGAGCUGGAGCGCGAGUGCGAGGGCCUUCGCCGCGAGAACGGCUGGCUCAAGGGCUUGGUCGUCGGCGUCACGGGCGUGGCAGCGCCCCCAGUCAUGACACCUGCGCUUUCCUCGGGGGCGAAGCGCUCUCGCGAAGAUGACGCUUAACCUUGGAGAGGUCGCGUCGACGCAUUCUCCUGAAAACGUGCUUUAUGCAUCCUAUGAAGUUGAUACUAUGCCCAAUCUAUGUGCCUAUGCCCGCAAUGUAGCCCUUCUGCGUCG